AUGACUCGUGGCGAGGCAAGUAAUACUCGCCUCCCCUGGAUAUAUGCCCCUUGCGGCCCCUCUGCGGCCCCGUCGCCGCCACCUGCGGCCCCGCCGCUGCCACGUGCGUCCCCGUCGCCGCCACCUGCGGCCCCGUCGCCGUCACCUGUGGCCCCAUCGCCCUCCCCUGGAGGCCCCGUCGCCGCCCUUUGCGACCGCCUCGCCGCCCUUAGCGGCCUCGUCACCUCCCCCAGCAGCCACGUCGCCGCCUCUACCGGCCCCGUCACCGCUCAACUGCCCAGCGACCGAGCCGCCGAGCCGCCCACCAGCCGAGCCGCCGAGCUGCCCAGCAGCCGAGCCACCCAGCAGCCGAGCCGCCCAGCAGCCGAGCCGCCGAGCAGCCGAGCCGCCGAGCCGCCGAACCGCCCCGCAGCCGAGCCGCCUAGUAGCCGAGCCGCCGAGCCGCCCUACUGUCGAGCCACUACUGUUCCUACCGUCACCCGCCUCCCUGACUCCCUUCGCUUAGUCAGGGACCACUUCCUCUCAGUUUGCCCCACCACUCUCACCGUCGACCUCCUCGAGGAGUGCCUCCUAGCAGCAGAGAAGAGCAUAGUCGCUGUAGGAGCCUCUCGUGGUGACCCUCGCACCCUCAUCUUUGAGGGGUGUUCCCCCUCCCCCCUCUUGCCCUCUCUUGCUUCUACUGCUGCGGCCGACCUCGUUCCUUUCGAAUCGGUCAGCGCUGCGUCUGCCCCGAGCGGGAGACGCUGCACCGGCAAGGGCAAGGGGGGCAAGGGCGCUGGAGGGGCUGGCGGGGGCGGUGGAGGUGGUGGUGGAGACAGUGGAGGGGGUGGGGGUGGUGGUGGGAGUGGUGGUGGGGGUGGAGGUGUCGGUGUCAGCAGUGGAGGCGGAGGAGGCGUCCGCGGUGGCGGAGGGAGCGGAGGCGGCGGAGGUGGUGGAGGCGGAGGAGGUAGCGGAGGCGGCGGCGGCAGCAGUGGACCUGGUCGCAGCUCUGCGCAGAGGAGUGGCUCCGGUGGUGGUCCGCGCCAGCAGCAGCAGCGCAGUCGUGACACCCUAUCCCCUCAGCAGCUUCGUGAGUGGGCGGGGGUUGCUAUCUUUGAUCUUGAUUUUGAUGCUAUUCUUGCUGCCAUGUAUGCUGUGUCGGAUAGUGUUGAGGAUGAAUGUUACCUGUGUGUUCCGCCUGACCCGUGCAUUGAGACUGCUACUCAAGGUGGUGGUGUCUCCCUGGCGGACCCCUCUGGGGGCCCUGUCCUUGCUCGCUUCUCCACUGUCUUACCGUGUCCGGCAGCACCCUCUGGCACCCUGUCAGGUGUCUACCUCCCCUCGUUCUCUACGAACUUGGUGAGUGGAGCUGAUCUACAGGAUAGGGGGGUUGACUAG